UUUACGCGCGCGUGUUCCAGAACAGACCUGGUAUUAGCUGAGUUGUUAAUGUUCCCAAAUUCUCUCUUCUAAUUGAAUUCCAUCUGUUAUUCUUCUGGUUUUCUAGGGUUUGCUUUUUUCGUUUGUGUGAAAUUGAAAGGGAAAAGAUGCGGGCGGCGAUAUGGAUAAAAACAGGAUUGGUGUAAAUGAUAAUUGUAUGUGGAAAUCAAUUGAAAUUCUCAAGAAGAAGAAGAAGAAGAUGGAAUCGAAAUCCAGAGAAUCGGAGAUGAAUUAUUUUAUAAUAGGAUGCCGCUUAUUCCGAUUCCAAUCGGCGUUUGAUUCUUAUUCCAUUGCCUCUGAAGCAUUCUCCGAGCAUUACAACAACAAACACCAACACCUCAUGAUUUCUUCUUCUUCUUCUCAAAUCAAUCUGCUAUAAUAUUUGCUAGGUUUUUUUUUAGGUUUUUUAGUUUUUAAUUUUCUUAGCGGCGCGUGGUUUUUUUUGCUCUGCUAUUUUUUUUUCUCUUUUAUUUUUUUUCUGUCGGGUUAAACAUGGAUUUCGGCUCGCGUGAGAAUGACGAUGAUUCAGCGUUUGAAGAAAAAGACCCUACUGGUCGUUAUAUUAGGUCCGAUGAAUUCUUGGGGAAAGGUGCAUUCAAGACUGUAUAUAAGGCGUUUGAUGAAAUUGACGGUAUUGAAGUCGCCUGGAACCAAGUAUGUAUUGAAGAUGUUCUGAAGUCUCCAGACCAGUUGGAGAGAUUGUAUUCUGAGGUUCAUCUGCUCAAGACGUUGAAACAUGAAAAUAUCAUGAAAUUCUACAAUUCUUGGGUGGAUGAUGAUAACAAGACUAUCAAUAUGAUCACUGAAUUGUUCACUUCUGGGAGUUUGAGGAAGUAUCGUAAGAAGCAUAAGAAUGUUGACAUCAAGGCCAUCAAAAAUUGGGCGCGGCAAAUACUUCGAGGUUUAUACUAUUUGCACAGUCACAAUCCUCCAAUCAUUCAUCGUGAUUUGAAAUGCGACAAUGUGUUUGUUAAUGGAAACAACGGAGAAGUUAAGAUUGGAGAUCUUGGACUUGCAAUUGUUAUGCAGCAGCCUACAGCCCGAAGUGUUAUCGGUAAUGGCAUCAGUUUCUUUGAAGUUAUAAUCAUUAUUAUUCUGGCUGAAAAUGAAAUUAGAUUAACACAACUUGCAUUUGAUCCGGGUAUUGCAGGUACUCCUGAGUUCAUGGCUCCAGAGCUCUAUGAAGAGGAAUAUAAUGAACUUGUCGACAUCUAUUCUUUUGGCAUGUGCAUGUUAGAGAUGGUUACUUGUGAAUAUCCAUACAGCGAAUGCAGGAAUCCAGCACAGAUAUAUAAGAAGGUUACCUCGGGCAUAAAGCCUGCUGCUCUUGGUAAAGUAAGUGACCCUGAAGUCAAGCGAUUCAUAGAGAAGUGCCUGGUUCCAGCAUCUAUCAGAUUGCCAGCAGUAGAGCUCUUGAAAGAUCCUUUCCUAGCAACCGAAAAUAAGAAGGGGCUUGUUUCUGCUUCUUUGCAGUUACCAGAUCUCAUGUCCAAACAAGUCAGCUUGAGACAAUCAGAAUCACAUCCCAUGGAUGUAGACACUAACCACAAGAAGCUUUCUAUAGGCUCUUGCACCAAAAGCUUAGAUGAGGCUUGUCAUGUUUCAACUUCAGAACUUCUGAGGCUUACUGCGGAUAAUGAGUUUCGGUUGAAAGGGGAGAAAAAUGAUGGAAAUACAGUUUCUCUAACCCUGCGAAUUGUUGACCGUUGUGGUGCAGUGAAGAAUAUACAUUUUACUUUUUAUCUUGAUUCUGAUACCACACUUUCAAUAGCUGAGGAGAUGGUUGAGCAGCUUGAUUUGUCAAAUGAAGAUGUUGCUAUAAUUUCUGAGUUGAUUAAUGCCUUGAUAUUGAACCUUGUUCCUUGCUGGAGUCCAUUUGGAGGUGCUUCAAGUAUACCAAAUGGCUCCUCUGGACUACAUAAUGAUGCGACUUUCAAGGUCGUUAGCCAACAUGAUAGUUUUCCGUUUGUUUAUCCGAAAGCUCAAGAGACUAGGGAGUCGUGCAAUUCAGAACUAUCUACUGAAUUACCCAUGACAUUAGCCUCUGAUGCCAGUGCUAACAAGCCCUUGGGAUCUUCCGACUACACACUCGAGUUUAAUGCCCAUGAUUCUAGUUCAGACAUGAUGAUGCAUGGCGAUGGCGAAUCCAGAAAACACUCGGAGAAUCAUUUUGCCUCAACAAAUGGAGAAGUGCAGGAUGAUGCUUUAAAGCUAGAGAUUGAUGCUAUUGAUAUGCAAUACAAUCAGUGCUUCCGAGAACUCUUGAAGAUGAGGGAGGAAGCUAUCGAAAAUGCCAAAAGGAAAUGGUUAACAAAGAAAAAGAUACCCGUCUUUUGAUGUUCCCUUAGAAAUUCUUCUGCUUGGUUUUAGUGGCGACGGACAAUGCCUGGAGCCCUUUUCCGGCACCUUUUUUUUUAUUUUUUUAUUUGGUUUGCUAUUGACCGUUUGAUUUUAACUAUGGUCAAUUAUUUUCUUGUAAAUAGAGAAUUGGAGGUAGUGAAGAGUGCAUCUUGAUUCAUUAAUUCAAGGUUUAUUGUUACAUUA